AUGGAUGAAUCGUUUAAAGUACCUUUUACUGAAGUGCAAAUGUCUGCAAAAGAACCAGUGGAAAGAAACUAUGCACAGGAUGUAUUGGCUUCUGAACAGGCAAAUUUAAAAACGGUUGCAGCGAGCAAGGCCGCGUCUACACAAAAAGUUCGCGAAAGAAAAAGUGCGAAAGAAACUUCGAAAUCAGGGAAAAAAGCAUCCAAAGUUUUGGCAACUAAACGCACCAUCGAUAAAAUUUCCAAGCAAACCUUGAGUACUGCCAAAAGAGUUGCCAAAAACAGAGCCAGAAAAAAUAAAAGUCCAAUUAGAAAGAAGACAACUGCAAGUAAAGUGAUAAAACCAAAGAAAUCUUCAAAAGAAUCUGGCUUGAAAAAACUUAAAGCAAAACCAUCUGCAAAAGCCAACAAGAAAUAG